CCCGUCGAGUUUGCUAUUUCUAUGGCGACAGCGCAAGCGUGGGAGCGGCCGCUGGUCGGAGGGAUGGAGCCGGAGGGCAGAUCGGCUCCAGUGCUCCAAGGCCCACCACCAAGCCACCUGGACGAGGCAGCACCUGGACACGUGGAGAAGCCAGUUGGGGAGGCUGAGGUGGCGGAAGCGGAAGCCCCUGCUGGCAUGGCUGAGCCGCCUCUCCCUCCGGAAGAGGGGGUGGUGUAUUGCCCGGGGGAGAUGCUGCCAGCUGGGCCUGAGGCAGCCCCAGUGGUGGUGAGGACCCCAGCCUAUGCUGUGGAGCUGCCUCUGUGCCACGGCAUCCCUGGGCCCACUCUUGGUGAACUGCCACCCACAGAGCAGGAGGCGAUUCCCAUUGCACCCCUGGAGCCCAUGAGGGAGCUCCCCGACCGCGGAAAAUGCCUGAUCUACAACUGGCAGGAGGAGAGAGCCACCAACAACCUGGAUCAUGUGCCAAGGCCCGAGGGUGGCACGGAAGGCUUCUUUUAUCGGCACGGGCAUCAGGGGCUGCUCACCCUUCAGUUUCUGGCUGGCCUGCCCAAGAGCACCACCAUGCAGGAUUCUUACCGGAGGCCCAGGAGGAGAGGGCUCCCCGUGAGAGGGCAGCGUGAGGCCAUGAUGGAGUGGCUUUUGUACCAGAAACACAGCAAAGAGAUACUGGAGGAUCAAGCCUACCCACCCCCUGGGCCCAUGGAGUCCCUGUCCACCAUGCAUCACGACUAUCGCCAGGAAGGCUUCCUCUCUGUGGCCCCUGCCCCCACCAAGGUGAGAGAGAGCAGGCUGUGGCGGAGCAGGCAGCCCCAUAGGUGCCGGUCUCCUCCCCAACAGCAGAUUGCCAAAUGUGGACUUUGCUCUCCACAGCCCCACGACUACCGCCUGGAGCAGCCACAGACCUUCUGGCUAGAACAUGCCCAGCAGGUGCCUGGGGUCUCCAACAUCCGGACUGGCGACACCCCCUUCAAGAAGUGUGGGACAUUCACAACCCCCAUCAUGGAGUACCUUGACCAGCCCCUGCCCCAUGGCCCAGAGAACUACCCCAAGCUCUAAGAAAAUAAAGAGGUG